AUGUCGCUAAUACCUGCACGCAACGGUGCGAAUGCGCCGCCGACUCGAUCCGCCAACCUGGUCAGCGACAAGCCUUUCAAGACGUCCACCAAGGGAAAGGUGCCCACUGGAUACGCCGAAGAAAUCGCCAUAUCGGAACAGAGCUUUCGCGACCUACAUCGCGACGUCCAGAGGCAGCAAUCAGCAGGAAAGAAGCGAAAGCGAGAAACGAAAGGCGACAGCGGUGUGGUGUACGGAGCGGGCGCAUACAAAGGGCCGUGGGCCAAGUACGAGGAGCGGAGGAUUGACAGUGAUAGCGGCGAGGAGGUGGAAGUUGAGGUUACCGAUGAUGAGAGUGGCGAUGAGGAGGUGAUGUACGAAGAAGAUGCCAUCGUGGCGAAUCCCAGCCGUGGUACUCUGAAAGGCACAGCGUACGAUGCAGUGGGCACGGAGAAGGAAAGCACUGUCUUCGAGGGCAGCCAGCAAUACGACUACCAGGGACGCACGUACAUGCAUGUGCCGCAGGAUCUGGAUGUGGAUUUGGUCGGGGACUUCGAGAAUCUCAACUUGAAGUGCUACCAUCCGAAGAAGCUGGUUCACACUUUCAAGAGCCAGGGAGGGCAGAAGAAUGCACACGAAAAGGCUCUCACUUCGCUCAAGUUCUUCCCAUCGUCUGGUCACCUCUUGUUGAGUGCUGCGGCGGAUGGUAAGGUCAAGCUCUGGGACGUCUACCACGAUCGAGAGCUGCUUCGUUCAUACUCUGGCCACACAAAAUCAGUGGUCGAUGUCGACUAUUCACCGGAUGGAACACGCUUUUUGACCGCAUCUUAUGAUCGUCAAAUGAAGGUGUGGGACACGGAGACUGGUUCAUGCCUGGGACGCUACUCGACAGGUAGCACCCCUCAUGUGGUGCGUUGGAAUCCUGAGGACCGCUCCGGCAAAGAGUUCCUGGCUGGUAUGCACGACAACAAGAUCGUGCAGUUCGACACUCGACUUCCGCCUGACGGCGACAAGAAGAACCCAGUGCAGGAAUAUGACCACCACUUGGGACCUGUCAACACCAUCACAUUCUGCGACGAGAACCGGCGAUUCAUCACUACAUCAGAUGACAAGUCGCUGCGAGCAUGGGAGUACAACAUCCCAGUCCCGAUCAAGUUCAUCGCAGAGCCAUACAUGUUCCCCAUGGUCAAGUCUGCUUCACACCCCUCCAAGAACAGCGUCCUCCUUCAAAGCAGCGAUAACACAAUCAAGGUCUAUAACACCGGGGAGAAGAUCCGCCAGAAUCGCAAGAAGGACUUUAGGGGACACAACAACGCUGGUUAUGCUAUUGAUAUUGACGUGUCGCCUGAUGGAGGAAUUGUUUGCAGCGGUGAUUCCGGCGGCUUUGUGUGCUUCUGGGACUGGAAAACCUGCAAGAUGUGGCACAAGAUCAAGGCCAGUGAUGGUGCGGUCGUCAGUGUUGCAUGGCAUCCGCGAGAGAGUAGCAAGGUGGUUACGGGUGAUCUGAACGGUGUGAUCAAGUAUUGGGACUAA